AAGGAAGGAAGGAGGCAGGUUGAGAGAAGGAGAGGACCAGCCGCCGGCUUGAGAGCGUGAGGGUUCUGCUCUCUAGACUCUCUCUGUGUCUCUGCCUGUCUCCCUCUGGGCGGGCGCUCUCCUUCUCCUCAUCGUCGUCCUUCUCCCUCCUUUCCCAACUGCACGGCCAGCGGUGGAGGCAGCGCCUGCUUCAGCAUCAGCAGCAUCAGCAGCAAAGCGCCUGGCUCCCCAUCGCUCGCUCGCUCCCCCCUCGCCUCGCCUCGCCCUCGCCUCGCCCUCCUCCUCUUCCUUCGGAGGCACUUUGGGAGUUCCUUGCUUCCCUCCUCGCUCCGGGAGGGCGUCGUCGUCUCCGUCGUCGGGGUCGGGUUUGGAGGGGGAAAGAAGAGGCGAGGCCAAGGAGGGGCUCCGGAGUCCCUCCUCUGGAUGGAAGUUGAAGGGAAGCAGCAACUCGGCAGCUUGAAGUGAUUUGGGGAGGAGGAGGAGGAGGAACAGCGGCGGAGUUCAGCCAAGCCCUGGGUUCUCUUCUUUUUCUUUCUCUCCUUCCUCCCCUCUUUCCCCACUUCGGAACUUUGAAGGAAAGCGCGCUUUCGAGGAAACCCAGACCCACUCCUUUGGCUUUUCUUUGGAUUGCGACCAAGCCUAAGACGCGGUCCCCUUCGCGCCUCUGCCUUUCUUUGGACCGGAGGGGAUUUCCAUCGCCUCCCUCGCUCCCUUCCCUCCUCCCCUCCUUCUUCGCCGCAUGGAGCUGCCAGGGUCCCGUCCAAGCUCUUCCUUCUCCACGUCUGCUUUGGAGUCGCCUUAGACGAGGAAAACACCCUCAACUUUGGGAACACGUCUUUGUUUCCGCCCUGCUUCUUCUUUUCAUUUUGGGAUUUGGAUUGCCUUUGAAUAUGUGAACAUGGGGCUGCUGCUGCUGACGCCACUCCUGCUCUUUGGCAUCCUGCAUUUCCAUGUCGAGGGAUCUCGCCUUCGUCAGGAAGACUUCCCACCCCGAAUUGUAGAGCAUCCAUCAGAUGUAAUUGUUUCUAAAGGAGAGCCAACAACAUUGAACUGCAAGGCUGAAGGAAGGCCAACUCCCACAAUUGAGUGGUACAAAGAUGGAGAGCGUGUGGAGACUGACAAAGAUGACCCCCGGUCACAUCGCAUGUUGCUCCCUAGUGGAUCUUUAUUUUUCUUACGAAUUGUACAUGGACGCAGGAGUAAACCGGAUGAAGGAAGUUAUGUUUGUGUUGCAAGGAACUAUCUGGGAGAAGCUGUGAGUCGUAAUGCUUCUCUGGAAGUAGCACUACUACGGGAUGAUUUCCGCCAAAACCCUACAGAUGUUGUUGUGGCAGCAGGUGAACCAGCCAUUUUGGAGUGCCAACCCCCUCGAGGACAUCCUGAGCCCACUAUCUACUGGAAAAAAGACAAAAUCCGAAUUGAUGACAGAGAAGAGAGAAUCAGUAUACGAGGUGGUAAGCUUAUGAUUUCAAACACAAGAAAGAGUGAUGCUGGAAUGUACACAUGUGUUGGCACCAAUAUGGUUGGAGAACGGGACAGUGAUCCAGCAGAACUGACUGUCUUUGAACGACCCACAUUUCUCAGGAGACCAAUCAAUCAAGUGGUUUUGGAGGAAGAAGUUGUAGAAUUUCGAUGCCAAGUUCAAGGAGAUCCCCAGCCAACAGUGCGUUGGAAGAAAGAUGACAAUGACUUGCCAAGAGGAAGAUAUGAUAUCAAAGAUGACUACACUUUGCGUAUUAAAAAGGCUAUGAGCACAGAUGAGGGAACCUAUACAUGCAUAGCCGAGAACAGAGUUGGAAAAGUUGAAGCAUCUGCUACUCUCACAGUUAGAGCUCGCCCUGUUGCACCCCCACAGUUUGUGGUCAGGCCACGUGAUCAGAUUGUAGCCCAAGGCCGAACAGUGACCUUUCCAUGUGAAACUAAGGGAAAUCCCCAGCCAGCUGUUUUUUGGCAAAAAGAAGGUAGCCAGAAUCUUCUCUUUCCAAACCAGCCUCUUCAGCCUAACAGUAGAUAUUCUGUAUCACCCACCGGGGAUCUCACUAUUACCAAUAUCCAGCGAUCUGAUGCAGGCUACUACAUCUGCCAGGCACUCACUGUUGCUGGAAGCAUUUUAGCAAAGGCACAAUUGGAAGUUACAGAUGUUUUAACAGACAGGCCUCCACCAAUCAUUCUUCAGGGACCAGUAAACCAGACAUUGGCAAUAGAUGGAACAGCUUUAUUGAAGUGCAAGGCUACUGGUGACCCAAUGCCUGUUAUCAGCUGGUUAAAAGAAGGAUUCCCUUUCCUGGGCAGAGAUCCAAGGUUAUCUAUUCAGGACCAAGGAACCUUGCAAAUUAAACCUUUACGGAUGUCUGACACUGGGACAUAUACUUGUGUUGCCACGAGUUCAAGUGGAGAAACGUCCUGGAGUGCUGUGUUAGAUGUGACAGAAUCUGGGGGUGCAGCAGUCAGCAGAAAUUAUGAUUUAAAUGACCUCCCUGGGCCACCAUCCAAACCUCAGGUCACCGAUGUCACAAAAAACAGUGUCACCUUGUCUUGGCAACCUGGCACUCCUGGAAACCUACCAACUAGUGCAUAUAUCAUUGAAGCAUUUAGUCAGUCGGUGAGCAAUAGCUGGCAAACAGUUGCUAACCAUAUAAAAACAACACCCUACACUGUGAGAGGACUCCGUCCAAAUACAAUCUACUUGUUUAUGGUGAGAGCUAUCAACUCACAAGGUUUGAGUGACCCCAGCACCAUGUCAGAUCCUGUCCGAACCCAAGAUAUCAGCCCACCAGCACAAGGUGUAGAUCACAGACAGGUCCAAAAAGAACUCGGGGAUGUUAUUGUGAGGCUGCAUAAUCCUGUUGUUCUGACCCCUACCACAGUUCAAGUAACCUGGACGGUUGACCGCCAAUCCCAGUUUAUUCAAGGUUAUCGGGUCAUAUAUCGUCAGACAUCAGGCCUACCUUCACCUUCUGCAUGGCAGACUCUGGAUGUUAAGGUUCCUACAGAGCGCAGUGCUGUCCUAGUCAAUUUGAAAAAAGGAGUGACGUAUGAAAUAAAAGUCCGACCUUAUUUCAAUGAGUUUCAAGGGAUGGACAGUGAAUCAAAAUCUGCUCGUACCACGGAAGAAGCUCCAAGUGCCCCUCCACAAUCUGUUACUGUCCUCACGGUUGGAAACCACAACAGCACCAGUAUCAGCAUUUCAUGGGAUCCUCCACCACCAGACCACCAAAAUGGAAUAAUUCAAGAAUAUAGGAUCUGGUGCUUGGGCAAUGAAACCAAAUUUCAUAUAAACAAGACUGUAGAUGCAGCAAUUAGAUCUGUGGUAAUUGGAGGCCUGUAUCCAGGUAUUCAGUACAGAGUAGAAGUUGCAGCAAGUACCAGUGCUGGUGUUGGAGUGAAAAGUGAACCACAACCCAUAAUAAUUGGAGGUCGUAAUGAAGUUGUUAUAACAGAAAACAACAACAGCAUAACCGAACAAAUCACAGAUGUUGUCAAGCAACCUGCCUUUAUAGCUGGAAUUGGUGGUGCAUGUUGGGUAAUACUCAUGGGUUUCAGCAUCUGGCUGUACUGGCGCAGAAAGAAAAGGAAGGGGCUCAGCAAUUAUGCAGUUCAGUCCUUCACCUUCACCCCAGCAGUUACUUUCCAAAGAGGAGAUGGAGGACUUAUGAGCAAUGGAAGUCGACCGGGCCUGUUAAAUGCAAGUGACCCCAGUUAUCCUUGGCUUGCGGAUUCUUGGCCAGCCACCAGCCUUCCAGUAAAUAACAGCACCAGUGGACCAAAUGAUCUUGGGAAUUUCGGGCGUGGAGACGUGUUACCACCAGUUCCAUGCCAAGGGGAUAAAACCGCCACAAUGCUCUCUGAUGGAGCCAUUUAUAGCAGCAUUGACUUCACUACCAAAACUAGUUACAAUAGCUCCAGUCAAAUAACACAGGCUACUCCAUAUGCCACAACACAAAUACUACAUUCCAACAGCAUCCAUGAAUUGGCAGUGGAUUUACCAGACCCCCAGUGGAAAAGUUCAAUUCAGCAAAAAAGUGACCUGAUGGGAUUUGGAUACUCUCUACCUGAUCAGAACAAAGGCAACAAUGCAUUACUUUACAUCCCUGACUAUCGAUUGGCUGAGGGAUUGUCUAAUAGAAUGCCACACAACCAGUCACAGGAUUUCAGCACCACCAGCUCUCACAACAGCUCAGAAAGAAGUGGCAGCCUCUCAGGUGGAAAAGGAGGAAAGAAAAAGAAAAACAAAAAUACUUCCAAGCCUCAGAAAAACAAUGGGUCUACAUGGGCCAGCAUUCCUCUUCCACCCCCUCCAAUACAGCCUCUCCCAGGCACAGAGUUAGAACACUAUGGGGUGGAUCAGCAAGAAACAGGAUACGACAGUGAUGGAUGGUGCCCACCUUUGCCAGUCCAGACAUACUUGCAUCAGGGAAUGGAGGAUGAACUUGAAGAAGAAGAUGAUAGAGUACCUACCCCUCCUGUUCGAGGAGUAGCUUCUUCGCCAGCCAUCUCCUUUGGUCAGCAGUCCACUGCAACGCUAACACCUUCUCCAAGGGAGGAGAUGCAGCCCAUGCUUCAAGCCCACCUUGAUGAACUGACCAGGGCCUAUCAGUUUGAUAUAGCAAAGCAAGCAUGGCACAGUCAAAGCAACAGCCAGCCACCUCAGACCCCAGGUCCACCAUUAGGAUAUGUAUCUGGGACUCUAAUAUCAGAUUUGGAAACAGAGAUUCCAGAAGAUGAAGAUGAGGAUGAUAUCGAAGAAGAGGCUAUAGAAAUCACAAGGCCACUGAGAGGACUAGAACAUACGCCAGGAUCCAGCAUAGACAAUCUAGACAGUUCUGUGACAGGCAAACCAUAUUCCUCUCAGAGGCCUCGGCCAACCAGCCCAUUUUCAACUGACAGCAACACCAGUGCAGUCCAGAAUCAGAGUCAAAGGCCUAGGCCUACCAAAAAACACAAGGGGGGCAGAGUGGAACAACCUCCGUUGCCUCAUCGUAGGGAAGGAAUGACAGAUGAUCUACCACCACCACCAGACCCACCCCCUGGUCAGGGUAUAAGGCAGCAGAUAGGCCCUGGGCAACGUGGAGGUUCAACAGAGAGAAAAGGAAGCUCUCUAGAACGACAGCAUACAUCUACCAUAGAUGAAACAAAGAGCUCUUUGGAUCGUCAAACUAGAACGUCACUAGAGUGGCAACGACAAACCCAAGAAUGGAUAAGCUCUACAGAACUCCAAGGCCAGCAAAAGCAAGCAUUUGGAUCAGAAGAGGCCCUGGUGCCAUAUAGCAAGCCUAGCUUCCCAUCCCCAGGUGGUCACAGCUCUUCAGGUACAGCAUCUUCUAAAGGAUCUACUGGACCCAGAAAAGGAGAGGUCAUGCGAGGAGGUCAUCAGCGCAACACCAGUGACCUCAUUGAUGUAGGAUAUGUUGGAACAAACAGUCAAGGACAGUUUUCUGGUGAAUUAUAGUAGUUGAACAGAGGCAUCUCGAGCUGCUCUCAAGGGCCAUCAAGGUCUGAACUCAUGGAAGUGAUGACAUUAAAACAGUGCAAUGAACAUUUUCUUUAUUUAUGUACUUACUAUUAAAAGAACUGUAAAUGCAAUGUAAAGACUCACAGCCACACAUAUCCCACUGAUACUCAACCUGUGUUCUUCUCUUUAAUACACCUUCCACCUUAAUCUAUUUCUUACCAAGCAUAUAUAAAGAAAAUCACCCUCAAGGAUGAUAUGGAUUUCCCUUGUACAUAAUUUCUUUUUAUUGCAUUGCUAUGCAAGCUCACCUUCUUUUUAGCUAUGUUCAUAUUAUUGUCUGUUCUUAUGGUCUGUUGUAUUAUAUGUGAAUUAAUAGGCUGUGGUGCCAUAUAAUAACUUUUAAUUCUGUAACUUUUUAUGUUUAAAGUUUGCACUGCAAUUUUUUGUUGGUGAUAAGCACAAAACUCUUACUCCUCGUGACAUGAAGAAGAAAAAAGACUGAAUGUGAAAGGAGUCUAUGUACUGUAAGCUAUGUCGGAUAAUGGUGGAUGUAAUGAAUUAUGUUAGGUGGUUUUCCAUUUGGGUGUAGAAUUAGGAGGUUGACUGGCAAAACUGAUGCUAGCAAAGGCAUAUUGGGGCAUCAGGGUGGAAUCCUAUCUAAAAUUUUAAGCAACUUGAUGCUUUUACCAUUUAAAAUGGGUGGGUCAAAUGAAGAAAGUGUUGAGUUUCAAGACCAGAUUAGAAUAUGAAAGCCUUUUCUUUUCUUAGUAUUGUUUUCUUUUGUUCAACAGUGUUGAACAUAUUACAAAGGAAGGAAGCUAAGGUAUUUCAGUAAGGCUGUUUUUAAUAUAAAUAUAUAUAUUACAGUUUUAAAUAAUUACUAUGAUUGGUUUUCUCUUCCUUCCAGGAAACAUGAACCAUAUGAAUUAGAGGAAAAUCUAGCAAGGGUUAUAGGUGCAAUUUAUGACAGAGAUAUCCAAGCUGCUUCCAAAAAGGCUAGACUGUGGCCCUAUUUAGGCAUUUUAACACAUGUAUUCUCUGCCUGGGAGAAGGGAGAAUGGUCACAAGUAUUCACCUCAUACCUGUUUUCAUAAACUACCACAUGUAGUCUUUCUUAUCCUUAAAGGCUCUCUACAUAAUUUGCAGAUUAUGUGGGAGUGUCCAUGUAUACAAGGGUCUACACUAGAGAAAGUAUAUAGAUGAUGGAUAACUAAAAGGGGAUGGUGGAAGCAGAGCUAGCAAAUUUGUGCACAGUCUUCCGUCUCGUGUAUACUUACUGACUACAAGCAUUAAUAUGCCUCAACAAGGCUUAUUUUAGUUCAUCUUUCCAAUACAUGUACAAUACAAUGGAAGGUGUAGAGCUACAUCACUUGAAAUUCAUGACAUAACUGUUUUUACACAGUCUAGACAUGUUUUAUUGUGUUUUAUUAUCUAAAACUGCCAGAAUUUGAAGCCCAGUUCGUUUGUACUUAAUCCACUGAAAAGAAAGCAGUGAUAAAUCUGUGGUCAUUUUGAAUUGAAUGUCUUUUGCCAAUUCAUGACAUUGUUGGAAAUUGGAUAGAAACAAGAAAAAGAAAACAUCUUUGAUAUGUUUUUGAUAAGUAAAAUUCAACCCUCUUCUUCUUAUGAAAACAUGAUGCAUGUUUAUACACUUUUUGAAUAAACCAAACUCUCUGUAAGUGGACAUUUACAAAAGCAUCUUGUGUCAUCAUUAGUUCUCAUGACUUUCUCCAGAUUUUUGACAGUAUUUUUAGUUUUUGUUUGGAAUACUGUACCUGUAUCUCAAAUGCAUUGAAUAUUUGCUUUGAAGUUUACAUCACAGAGAUGAUUUCAUUUAGUCAUGUCUUUUUAUCAGUCUCCAUUUAAACACAUCUUACAUAUCAGUCCAUGUUGAUUGCUUUCAUACUUACAAUCAUGUAAAUCGGUGCUUUAGAGCAUACAAAUAAAUCUAUUAGAUAUGUGUUGCUUUUUAUUACAUUAAGUUUGGAUUGUUUAUAGGAUAGGACAUUUUCAGCACUGCAGUUAUCAAUUUAUCUCAUUUAUCUGAAGACAGGACAUUGGUGAACCAAAAAAAAAAGUUGGCACAUAUCAACAAGAAGACUUUUUUUUUUUUGCCUUUGUGAGCAAGGAAUUGACAUGAUAUUCCUGUUUAUUAAAAUGCUGGAUAUAGUUAAAGCCAUUGUUUUAUAAAUGUACAGAACAUUCAACAAAUGUAUAAAUUCCAUUCCUUUUUUCCUGAAUUUAAUAUGUUAAUAUGAAGAUAGGCACCGUGUUCCAGCAAUAGUGAGGUCAGAAACAGGUUUGUGUAAUAGAGAUCCAACAAAUUGCUUUAAAGGAAAGAAAAAUCUCAACACCUCCAGCAACCUACCUGAGCACUUGGCACUAGAUGCAGAGUCUUCCUACAACCAUAAUAUUGGAUCAAUGCCAUGAGAAGAUUCCACAUGAAAUACUUCACAGCACAGAUCAAUUGUUAUGUGUUAAUAGGAAAAUAAAAGUGAGUCUUGAGCCUCUUCUGCCAUUGCAGCUCAUCUGGUGAUCAGGGUUGCAGAGGGCUUCAUUCAGAAACUUGUGGUAGCAUUGAUAGUUACUGAUAAGUUGAGAUAAUUCCUUCAGAGGUUCCAUUUCCCAACUGAAGACUCUUCUGAGUUACACAGAAUUUCUAUGCUCCAGCCAUACUUGUAUGUGCCUCAGCUUUUUCUGCUAUGGGCUAUUUUAUAACAAAGGGCUCAUGUUUUUAAAAGCCCUACAAUGUGAUUUAGACUAUGAUCUAGGCAAUCCUUACUAGUCAGCAAUCUGUAAACUUCAAGAAUCAGGACAAACAAACAAAAGUUGGCUCAUGGUCUAACAGCAAUAGAUUAAUAAAGAAGUGAUAUAUGAGGAUAUAUGCAGCAGUUUAAGGAAACCGCCCAAUAAAUAGAAAAGAUGAGUGAGAAACCAUCACUCGGGCUAUUCCAAUUAUACAAUGGCUUUGAGCUUAAAGCUGUUUUGCAUAUUACUCAAAGUUACCUGUGUAGUUGGGUUCAUGCUACUUGAGGAAUAUCAGUGGUUUCCAUUCAUGAGGCAAAUCCACAGAAACUAACCAUGUAAUCAGGCCUAACUAUACCAAAGUGAAAAAAAGUCUGAAGAAAAUGCACAAGUGGGUUCUACAACCAUUCUUUUCCACAUAGUGUUAAAACAAGACCAUGUAGUUGAUCCAAAGUAUAAUAGGUACCUAGUAGGUCUGUUCUACCUCCAGAAUGCAUGGGAAUAAACAAUGUAUAUGCAGGAAGAAUUUAAGGGCACACUGAAAGAGUUGAAGCUCCAAAUGCACUCUGUACAUGAGCUUCCUAUAUAUAUUAACUGGGUCUUCAAAACCUGUGUUGUGCUUUGGUGGGACAGCUUAUGGGCAAUUUCCCUUCAAAAUUCAACCCGAGGAAAAGUAGCCAUCCCCAGUUCUUGAGAUGUAUGUCUUAAUAUUUUCAGUUGGCAAGUUUUGUGUCAGUAUUAAAUCUGUGCAGUACUAUAAUAUCACUGUUUAUUAUUGGCUACUAUACAGUUGUACUUACUGAGUUUUUUUUAAAAAAACAUGAUCCUAUGAAGAGGGUACUUUAAUGUAUAGCAAAUCCCCACUCAUUUGAAAGGUGGUUUUCUCUUUCUCUCCUUCUCUCUCCCACUGUCUUUCACUUAUUCAAUGUACUUCCAAUGAUCACAGAACAUAUUUUUAAAAUGUACUGUAAUUUACCAUUUUUAAAGAAAAAAGUUUUUUUCCUUUUUUAUAAUUGAAAUAUUUCUUGUGCAUAAUGUGUCUAAAGGAAAGGGGUUUAGUGGCAGCACUUAGAACUGUUUUCUAAUUUUUUUUAUAAAAUUGUUUAUUGGCAAUGGUUUGUUCAGUCACACGCAAGAAGAUUAUGACCUCUUAAUGUGUUUCAUGUGUUAGUGAAGCAAAGUUUAAUGGGCAUAAAGUUGGUUAAUUGUAAUGUUGAGUGUGUAUUGUAUAUUUACUGGGGAAAAAUAAAACUUCCACAUUUCAAA